GGCAGAGACGCAGAGAAAGGGAGGAUACGCGCUUCUUUGCACUCAUGUUCAUGCGCCUGUCUGCGACCAGAAUAAAUCUUACGUAGGGGCCAGAACCCGAAAGGGGUCUGGUCAAUGAUAGAUCUUUACCUUGACUUUAACAUCGGUGAAAAAAAGUUUUUUCAGUGCGCAGAUCCUCGUCUUCGCUUAGAGGAUGAACCGAAUAGCGGGAAAGCCACGGGAUGAUACCCUGAUAGACGUUCAGUUUAACGGUGAAGACAACAAUGCCUGCCAGUUAGAAUCCUUUUCUGAGGAGAUUCCUGGCCAUGGACACAAUGGGUCUGAGUCAUCUCUGUCCUGCUCAGACCUGGCAGGGUCGGUCCACUCCUCGCACUCCUCAGACAGUGUGUGUGAUCAGUGCGAGAAGGAGAACUCGCAACACAACCAUGAGUCUUUCCAACACCUCUCCAGUCUUUCUGGGAUCUGGAGGAGAAGAGCUCUCUUCCUGAAGUAUCGCUCCAGGGUGGACAAGCAGCAGCAGAGCAAAGACUCUGUGUUCUUCAGAGAUGGCAUGCGGCGGAUCGAUUUCGUCCUCUCCUACGUGGACGACAAAGAAAAAGACGCCGAGAAGAAGCAGGAGAGGAGAAAGGUGUAUGAGGCUAACCUCCAAGAAGCUGGACUUGAAAUGGAGACAGAGGACAAAUCGGAAUCUGAGGAUGGCAAAACGUACUUCCUGAAGAUCCACGCACCCUGGGAGGUGCUGGCCACGUAUGCCGACAUCCUGAAGAUCAAGGUGCCCUUCAAGGCCAACGAUAUCCCAGAGCACCGCGAUGUGCCACUGUCCUGGCUCUUCACGCCGUUCCGGCUGCCCACCCAUGUCAUGCACCCUGAGCCCGACUACUUUACCUCGGCCUUUGACAAGAGCAAGAUCGACUUCUUCCUCAUCGACGACAAGGACACAUUAUUCCCCCCGUCCACACGCAACAGAAUCGUUUAUUACAUCCUCUCCCGCUGCGCUUACCAGAACAUUGACUGCCAAAACAACGACAAGAAGGGCAUCAAGCGGCUACUCAACAACGGGACCUAUUCGGCCGCCUACCCCCUGCAUGAUUGCAGGUACUGGACACAGUCUCGAGACGAUAACUGUGAGAAUGAGAGGUACAGCCUCUACCGAUACUGGGCCCAGUUUUUCCGCUUCUACAAAGAGCAGCCACUCAACCGCAUCCGCAAAUACUAUGGUGAGAAGAUUAGCAUCUACUUUGCCUGGCUAGGCUUCUACACAGAAAUGCUGUUCUAUGCUGCUGUGGUGGGAGGCAUCUGCUUUGUCUACGGGGCCACCACUUACGACCAAAGUACCUGGAGUAAAGAGAUUUGCAGUGAAAACAUAGGUGGGCAGAUUGUCAUGUGUCCUCUGUGCGAUAAGAAGUGUGGGUACUGGAAGCUCAACUCCACGUGCAACUCCACAUGGCAAUCACACUUGUUUGACAACGUGGGGACAGUGUUCUUCGCCGUAUUCAUGGCUAUAUGGGUGACUCUGUUCCUGGAGCUGUGGAAGAGGCGGCAGGCGCGUCUGGAGUAUGAGUGGGACCUGGUGGACUUUGAGGAGGAGCAGCAGCAGCUGCAGCUCAGGCCCGAGUACGAGAUCAAGUGCCGCAAGCGACGCCUCAACCGCGUCACACAGGAGAUGGAGUGGGUUCUGGACCGCUCCCAUGCUGAUUUUCUUGGCAAGCUGUGCAUAUGCUGGGCCACAGUGGUGCUGUGGAUAGCGCUAAUCAUCGCCUCUAUCAUUGGGGUGAUUGCAUAUCGGCUGGCCGUUUACGCAGCGUUCGCCAGCGUCAUGAAAGACGCGCCCACCAACAAGAUCCAGCUGGUGGGAUCCAUUAUCACGCCACAGCUGGCCACAUCAGUCACGGCCUCCUGCAUCAACUUCGUCAUCAUCAUGAUCCUCAACUUCCUCUACGAGAGAGUGGCCAUCUGGAUCACUGAUAUGGAAAUCCCUAAGACCCACCUGGAGUACGAGAACCGGCUGACGGUCAAGAUGUUCCUCUUCCAGUUUGUCAACUACUACUCCUCCUGUUUCUAUGUAGCCUUCUUCAAGGGCAAGUUUGUCGGUUACCCAGGAGACCCUGCCUACAUGUUCGACAACAAGUGGAGCGGCCUAAGGAACGAAGAGUGUGACCCUGGCGGCUGUCUGAUCGAGCUGACCACCCAGCUAGUGAUUGUGAUGACAGGCAAGCAGGUGUGGGGGAACAUCCAGGAGGCCCUGGUGCCGUGGCUAAAGAACUGGUGGGUGAGUCGAAGCGCCCGUAAUCACCCUGAGAGUCUGUACAGCCGCUGGGAGCAGGACCACGACCUGCAGCACUUCAGCCAGCUGGGCCUCUUCUACGAAUACCUGGAGAUGGUGAUCCAGUUUGGCUUCAUCACUCUCUUCGUGGCCUCCUUCCCGCUGGCUCCACUCCUGGCUCUGCUCAAUAACAUUCUGGAGGUGCGCGUGGACGCCUGGAAGCUGACCACCCAGUUUCGCCGACCCAUCGCCUCCAAGGCCCACAGCAUCGGCGCCUGGCAGGAGAUCCUCCACAUGAUCGCCGUCUUCUCCGUCGUCACCAACGCAUUCAUCGUGGCGUUCACGUCAGACAUGAUCCCACGUCUGGUCUACCUGUAUGCAUAUCACUCGGGCAACGAGCCCACCAUGCAGGGCUACAUUGACAACAGCCUGUCCAUCUUCAACAUCAGUCAGAUCCCCAUAGACAACCAACCAGAGCCUGAGGAGAACCCUGCCUGGUUCAACAGCUCCGUCAUCACUACCUGCAGGUACCGCGACUACCGCUACCCCCCUGGACAUGACAAGGAAUACGCACACACCAUGCAGUUCUGGCACAUCAUCGCCGCCAAGUUAGCAUUUAUUAUCAUCAUGGAGCAUGUGGCCUUCCUGGUGAAGUUCUUUGUGGCGUGGAUGAUUCCCGACGUGCCGUCGGACGUGACGGCCCGUAUCCGGCGGGAGCGCUACCUGAUCCAGGAGUACCUGCAGAAGUACGAGCUGGAGAAGCUCAAGGUGCAGCUGAGCCUCAACGGGGAGUGCACCUGCCCUUCAGAGUCCGUCUCCGUUAGCAUGUGCACGCCUGUGCAGGCACAACUCUAGCCCUGGCUGAUAUGCUUACACACACACAACACACACACACACGUGCACUCCCGAAACACACCUGCAGUUACUACACAGAUGCCCCUCACUCCACACAUAUUCACAAAUGUCUCUUAUUUGUUGUAACCUCUCUCUCUCUCACACACACACACACACACACACACACACACACACACACACUACAGGAGGCCUGGGACCUGCAGUGUGCCCAAUACCUGCUGAACUGCACCACUGUCUGUCUGAAUAGCUGUGCUAUGCCACCCUCUGACAGCUGCCAGGGGUGGAUAUGGAUCCUGCUGACGUACAUGGCGGCCUGAACUCCUCCUGCUGCAGUGUGUCUGACUCUGAGCACCCGUCUCUGCCCCUUCGCCUGUCUGUCUGUCUGUCUGUCUGUCUGUCUGUCUGUGAUGCUAGAGGAAUCGCCUCAGGAUCACGUCCGAGCUGCAUGAUUGUAGCCACAUGUAACAGGACUACACCACCACCAGGGGGAGUCAGAGAGCUCAUCCUCCAUAUCACUUUUGGUUGACCUUGGGUGAUAAAGCUGAUUGAUGACCACACACACACACACACACACAAACACAAAGACACACACACACACACACACAAACACAAAGAAAGACACACACACACACAAACACAAAGAAAGACACACACACACACACAAGUUUACACCGUCGGUUCCUCUGAUGUCAUUUGUUGCCUUAUAACCUGAUGUGACCCCAGUGUCACAUUGCCUUAACAUAACUACACUGAUACAUCAGAUAUAAUCAACACUAGUGCUGUUGCUAGCAGCAGUGUGUCUGAAUGUGAAGUGGGCUAAAGGAAAGGGGUAAGAAUCUGAAUGUGAAGUGGGCUAAAGGAAAGGGGUAAGAGUCUGAAUGUGAAGUGGGCUAAAGGAAAGGGGUAAGAGUCUGAAUGGAUGGAUUGCUAUUUGUUUCACCGCUCGUCACCUGCUAGGACUUUGGAAUAUGAGUGGCAUAAAACAGAAAACCUUUCCAGUUUUCACCAUAGGACUAAUCUCAGUCAGUGUGGGUGAAGUUUCUGAAUAUUCCUUUCAAAGCCCCUUAACCAUGAAGUGCCACGUCAUCAAAGUAGUGAAACACAAAAAUGAUCAUUCUAUUUAUUUUUUUUUUAGAAAAGUAGAUAAAAAGAUGUUCUAUCACAUUGUAAACAUUAGCAAUUGUAAAGACUUCAGAUCCAACCAGAGUCGCCUGCUUUGUACUACUGGUGGUUUCUGUAGCAGAAUUCAGGAGUUCCACUGUAACUGCUACGUCACCUAGAGGAAGGGACGAGGGGAAUCAGUACUCACCUCAUGCAACACUGUCUCAGAGCCAGGCAGCCUCCUGCUUGGAAAUUCAGCACUUGUGAACCACAGUAGCUUCCAGCUAUCCAACUAGUCAACCAAAGAUGUAGACUAGAUAGCAUGCGGAUUGUGAUUG